AUGAGUCGCUAUAAACAUUUUAACGAUGAGCUUAGCACAGCUGAUAUUAAUGAAGCAGAUGCUUUGCCUGAACUUGAUGUUGAUGAACCACAUCAAUUAGAAUUUAAACUUCAACUUCGUAAUUAUGCAUCAAAUACGAUUUCUCCAACAAAUAAACUUAAUUUAAAUCGUCUAAAAAUUUGUCUUUCAAGACGAACACGUCUUGAACGUUAUUUGAUUAUAACAAAUCUAAUACUAUUAUGUUCGGUAUUUUUAAUUUUUCUAAUAUUUUGUUAUCGUCAUAAAGAUAAAAAACAGCCUGAACAAUUGUGUUUAACACCUAUAUGUGUUCAAGUAUCAUCAUCAAUUUAUUCGGGAAUGAAUCAAACAAUACAUCCAUGUGAUGAUUUUCAUGAAUUUGUAUGUGGUCGUUGGAUGAAAACAAAUAUUAUUCCAAAAGGUCAUUCAGGAUGGUCAACAACAAAAGAAUUAAGUAGAAAAAAUCUUAUUAUACUUAAAAGUAUUCUUGAACAAAAAUUACUAAAUAAUUCAUUAUCAGUAUUUAAUGCUGAGCAUGAAGCUAUUAAAUUUUAUCAAUCAUGUAUGAAUAUAAGUGAAAUUGAACGACAAAAAGUUCAACCAUUAGAAAGAUUUUUAAAAGAUAAUUUUAAUUUAACUAUAAAUGAAUGGAUUGAUAUUGAUAAGAAUCAAACUUGGCAAAGUUUAUUUGUAUUUUUAACAAAAGUACUUUCGACAAAAUAUGGCUUUUCAUAUUUAUUACCAAUAUCUAUUGGACCCGAUGAUAAAAAUUCAACAUGGAAUGUAAUUCAUAUCAAUCAACCUCAACUUGGUCUUGAUAGUCGAGAUUAUUACGUGAAUUCAACUGUUAAUAAUCGAAGUGAUCCAGAUACAGAUGCAAGAAAUAAAAUUAUUCGAGAUACAUAUAUAAAUGUUGCUUCAGCAUUAUUACAAUUACUUGGAUUUGAAAAAAAUCAAUCGGAAAAACGUAUUAAUGAUAUUAUUCAAUUUGAAAUUGAACUUGCAACAAUUAGCUUACCAAUGGAAACACUACAAAAGCCAAAUGAAACGUAUUAUUUAAUGGCAUUAAAACAAUUUCAAGAACAAUAUAAAUCAAUAGGAUUAGAUGUUUAUUCAUUACUUAAUGAUAUGUUAAAUAUAAAUGCAUCAAAUCCAAUAAAAUUAACGGAAAAUGAUAAAAUAAUUGUUUUAUCACUUGAACUUAUGUCAAAAUUAUCAUCAAUUUUAACAAAUUAUUUAUUAACACCUGAUAAAAGUUAUAUUGUUAUUGAUCAUUUAUUAUUUUCACUUAUAUUUGAUUUAAGUUCACAUUUAUCAACUGCAUUUGAAAAAUUAACAUUACCUUUAUUUAAAGAAUUGUAUGGAAUGGAUUCAUUACCUGAUAGAUGGGAAUAUUGUGUUAAAGAAACUGAUGCUGCAUUUGGUUAUGGACUUGGUGCUCUCUAUAUUAAAGCAGUUUUUGGUGAACAAGAUCGAAAAACAGCGAAUGAAAUAAUUACAAAUAUUCGUCAAAUGUUCGAUGAAAAUCUUAAUAAACUUGAAUGGAUAGAUGAACAGUCAAAAACUGAAGCAAAGAAAAAGUUAAAAAAAAUUACUGAAAAAGUUGGUUAUCCUGAUUUUAUAAAUAAUAAAACAAAAUUAAAUGAACGUUAUGCCGGUUAUUCUAUGAUUGAGAAUGAAUAUUUUAAUAAUGGUAUUAAAGUAUUAGAACGUGAACGUCGACGAUCUCUCUUAAAAUUUCGACAAAAAGUUGAUCUUACCGAUUGGAGUAUGACACCACGAACAGUAAAUGCUUAUUAUACACCAUCCGCCAAUGAAAUUGUUUUUCCAGCUGGUAUUCUUCAACCACCAUUUUUUCAUAAGAAUUUACCUAUAUCAGUUAAUUAUGGAGCAAUUGGAACAGUAAUUGGUCAUGAAAUAACACAUGGCUUUGAUGAUCAAGGUCGAGAAUACGAUUCUGAUGGAAAUAUGCGUUCUUGGUGGACAAAAUUAGCAAUGGAUAAAUUCGAAGAAAGAACGAAAUGUUUUGUUCAACAAUAUUCAAGUUAUGCACUUGAUGGACAAAAUGAAAAUGGGCAAAGAACAUUAAGUAAUUUGAAUUUUAUUCUUUCAUAA